AUGGUGCCAGUCAGCAUAGUGCCAGGCCGCAUCGUCGGGGGCUGCAUAGUCAGGGGCACUUCCGCUUUCCCUCCCUUCCCCUUACCUUUCCCUCCCCCUUCCCUCCCCUUUCUCUCCCCUUUCCCUUCGCCUGCCCGUCCCUUCCCCUUCCCCACUCCUUUCCCUCCCCUCCACCCCCAUCCCCUUCCCUCCCUUUCUGAUCCCCCUCCAGUCCCCGCCCCCCUGGUGUCUCACGUGUCUACAAUUUCACGUAUUUAA